AGCUCAAUACCGUCAACGCGGAUUCAGUAGUAAACAAAUUAGAGACGAAUGAACUGCAAGGCUUAGAGCCUCUUAAAAACGAAAAACUGAACUAAACAUAACAAACAAAGCAUUGAGAGGCGUCGGUAAACGUACAUAUUACAGCAAACAACUGUUUCGAAAAGCUACAAACAGUAUAGUCAACCCUGCCACAGAGCAAACAAUGGACAGCGUUUGUCGCCUUUGCCGGCGUACGGGAGAGUUUGAAUCAGUGUCAAUUUACGAAUCCUCGCGCAUCGAUGGUGCCAUACUGGCUGUAGUGAUGGAAGAUUGUCUGCAGAUAAAGAUCACCGCUUCUGACGGUAUGCCCCAACAAAUCUGCUGUCUCUGCCAAGCACAACUUGAGAUGUUCUAUCUGCUGAGAAAAGUAAGCCUCACAUCGGACAGUUACUUUAAGAGAUUGCGGAAUCCUGAAAGGAUUCUCUCCUCGCCUAUAAAAAUCGAGGUAGAACUAGAGGUAGAAGAACGAGAACACAAUGAUGUAUAUGGAACCAUAUCGGAGCCGUCUCUCGAAUCUGAAAUUAAAACGGAACCGACAGAAGUCGGUGAGGAUGCAGCAACCGCUCCACAGAAUGUCGAUAACAUCGCAAAAUCAACGUCAAAUGAUACAAUCCACAGCCGCAUACGGCGACCUAGACUUACUUUGAAGGAUAAAUUACAUAAGUUAUAUCAAGGUUACACAUGCAGUGAUUGUAAUUACACCUCACAAUACAGACCAAAUGCACUUCGUCAUGUGAAACUAAUGGGGCAUUCUGGUCUGCUGGAGGAUAGCCCCGACAAUGAUCAACAGCGUUCCAACCUGAAAGCACCCAAAUUAUUAAAGAUCUCUUCCUGUGCAACAUGUAACUACAUUUCUGAAUUCAAGGGAAACAUUCGGCGGCACUUGCGCAAUCAAAACCACAGGGGGAUUAAAACUAGUAUAUAUCGUAAGAAGAGUGCGACAGACGAAACACCAAGUCUGUUAAUUAAUGAUCAGCAAACUUCUAGCGUAAAUCCUUACCAGAACAUUGUAGAGAGCGGACAGUCCACAUCAAAGAGGGGUUUUUCAUGUGAAAAAUGCGAUUACGCGUCGGCAUUUAAAGGUAACCUUAUUCGGCACCAGCGCCUCAAACACCAAGGCAAAAGUCGCAACAUGUAUGACGAAGAGCAGGAGCUAGAAGUAGUGCUAUCGACUCAACUGAUGGAUGAUUAAACACGCAAAUAGUUUAAAAUAGAGGCGAAUGAACUGCAAAGUUUUAAGCCUCUUAAAAACAAAGAAGAAGAAGAAUAGUUUAAAAUUGGCACGUAGAAUCCAGUCGAUGCAAUACGACAACACCAGGACCAGCCCAAUGCUGUGAUGCAGGAAUGUUCUAUGAAUGGACAUAAAAACAUU